AUAAUCCAGAAUCAUUGCGGCACAUAGUGUGUAAGGGGUGCGCAACAUUCUGCAGUUUAACUGCAUUCCACAUGUGCCUGUGUUAGUGCAGCCCCAUAACCAAGAAUGGGGGGGGUGUUUAUUCCUGUGCUCCCCUGCAAUGGAACGCAGGAGAACCCCACCACAGGGAAAAACACUAGUCAGUACAAUAAUUACCUAAUUGAGACUUUUCUGUUCUAAUUGUAUUAAUUGGCUGUAAUGCUGCAUUGAAGAGUAAUGUGGAUUUGCAGGUGUCUUAUUAAGGAUUUUGAAAAGAGGCCAUCAGUCAUUCAUCUUCUAGAGCAUCCAUUCAUCAAACAAGUGCACGGCAAAGAUAUGGCUUUACAGCGACAGCUGGCCAAACUCAUCCAGGUACAACAGCAAUCGGGAUCUAUAGCAAAAACAAGGUACGAACGCAUGCAUACCAAAAGGCCUUAUGUUCUACAGACAAAGGAAAACUCUUGCCUAGAUGAUGACCUGGUUAACCUUGAAGUUCUGGAUGAGGACACUAUAAUACAUCAGUUACAGACCCGAUAUGCUGACUUGCAGAUUUACACCUACGUUGGGGAUAUAUUAAUAGCUUUAAACCCCUUCCAGAAUCUCAGCAUUUACUCUCCGCAGUUUUCCAAGCUUUACCAUGGAGUCAAGCGUGCCUCAAACCCUCCCCAUAUAUUUGCCUCAGCAGAUGCAGCGUACCAGGGCAUGGUUACCUUCUGCAAAGAUCAGUGCAUUAUCAUCAGCGGAGAGAGCGGUGCUGGGAAGACAGAAAGUGCCCAUCUCAUUGUCCAACAUUUGACCUUCCUCGGAAAGGCAAAUAACAGAGCACUGAGAGAAAAGAUUCUGCAAGUGAACCCACUGGUUGAAGCCUUUGGCAAUGCAUGUACAGUUAUCAAUGACAACUCCAGCCGCUUUGGGAAAUACCUGGAAAUGAUGUUUACACCUACUGGAGCAGUGAUGGGUGCAAAGAUUUCAGAAUAUCUCUUGGAGAAAUCAAGGGUCAUCAAGCAAGCUGUAGGGGAGAAAAAUUUCCAUAUUUUUUAUUACAUUUAUGCUGGACUGCACCAUCACAAAAAGCUGUCAGAAUACAGACUGCCGGAAAAAAAGCCGCCUAGCUAUAUCAACAAUGAAACGGGGACAGUAAUGCAGGAUAUUGUCAAUAAUGAAUCGUAUAGAAGGCAGUUUGCAGCAAUUCAACAUUGCUUCAGAAUCAUAGGAUUCAGUAAUGAGGAAGUCCACUCAGUGUACAGAAUUUUGGCUGGAAUAUUAAAUACAGGAAAUAUUGAAUUUACAGCUAUUUCUUCUAAACAUCAGAUUGAUAAAAGUGAGGUACCAAACGGAGAAGCCUUAGAAAAUGCUGCCUCCCUUCUCAGCAUUGGUUCAGAAGAACUCCAAGAAGCUCUCACCUCCCAUUGUGUAGUAACUAGAGGCGAAACCAUUAUACGGACAAAUACAGUGGACAAAGCGGCUGAUGUCCGGGAUGCAAUGUCCAAAGCUCUGUAUGGCAGACUUUUUAGCUGGAUAGUUAAUAGGAUCAAUACACUUCUGCAGCCAGACAAAAAUAUAUGUAAUGCAGAAAGUGGAAUGAACGUUGGAAUUCUAGAUAUUUUUGGAUUUGAAAACUUCAAAAGGAACUCCUUCGAGCAGCUUUGCAUUAACAUUGCCAAUGAACAGAUCCAGUUUUAUUUUAAUCAGCAUAUAUUUGCACUGGAACAGAUGGAAUACCAGAGUGAAGGAAUCGACGCCGCCUUGGUGAAGUACGAGGACAACCGGCCACUCUUAGAUACUUUUCUCCAAAAGCCAAUGGGUCUUCUGUCCCUGCUCGAUGAAGAGAGCAGAUUUCCACAAGCAACUGACCAAACUUUAGUUGACAAAUUUGAAGAUAACCUGAGAUGCAAAUACUUUUGGAGGCCAAAGGGCGUUGAGCUUUGUUUUGGCAUUCAGCACUAUGCUGGGAAGGUUCUGUACAACGUUUGUGGGUUUCUGGAGAAGAACAGAGACACGCUCCCAGCUGACAUCGUAGUUGUGCUGAGAACAUCAGAAAACAAACUCCUCCAGCAGCUGUUCUCGAGCCCAUUGACCAAAACAGGUAACCUGGCACAAUCACGGGCACGGGUAACAGCAGCUUCCAGGUCUUUGCCUCCUCAACUGAAUGCUGGACGUAUUAAGGUAGACACCAUGGAAAUGAUGAGACAUCCAGGGGAGACAACAAACAUGAAAAGACAGACAGUGGCUUCUUAUUUUAGGUACUCCCUAAUGGAUCUCUUAUCAAAAAUGGUAGUUGGGCAGCCUCACUUUGUCCGCUGUAUUAAGCCCAACGAUGAUCGGCAGGCGAUGAAAUUUUGUCGGGAAAGGGUUCUCAUGCAGCUUCGUUACACUGGGAUUCUGGAGACAGUAAAUAUCCGAAGACAGGGAUAUUCUCAUAGGAUUCUGUUUGACGAAUUUUUGAAAAGGUACUAUUAUCUUGCCUUUAAAGCACAUCAAAACCCACCUGGCACAAGAGAAACCUGCACUGCAAUUCUAGAGAAAGCUAAGCUGGACAAAUGGGUUCUGGGGAAAACAAAGGUGUUCCUGAAAUAUUACCAUGUGGAGCAGCUGAACCUUCUACUGCGGGAAGUGAUCGGAAGAGUGGUGGUAAUGCAAGCCUAUACCAAGGGGUGGCUUGGGGCAAGGAGAUAUAAGAAAGUAAAAGAGAAACGUGAGAAGAGUGCCACCUCUAUUCAGACAGCGUGGAGAGGCUAUGAUGCACGAAGGAAAUAUCAACAACUAAGAGCAAGAAGAGAUGAAGCAGCAGUUUGUAUUCAAUCAGCUUACAAGGGAUACACCGCCAGAAAGAAUUAUGUUGUGCUGAAGAAUAAUAAGCAUUAUGAGUUCAAUGAGAGGCAGAGGCUGGGGAGCAGCAACAAAGGCCAUUUGACAGACUCGAGCAUCAGGGCCCGGCAGCCAGAUAAGGAAGCCGAUUAUCACAGGCCCCUUUUUUAUACAACUGAGAGGAACAGCUUGGUGGAUAUUGAUGAACACGACUUUACUGCAAACCGUCGCCUUUCAGAUUUCUAUGGAUCUCAGAAAAGUACAGGGUCAGAUGGAUGCCUUGAGAAGAAGCUGAGGACAGCACGAAGACGGUGUCAACAGCCCAAAACCCUGAAUUCCCCUGAGGAUAGUAUGUACUACAACCAGGUCAAUGGAUCUCUGGAAUAUCAAGGGAGCAAGAGGAAGCCAAGAAAACUUGGACAAGUGAAACUAUUGGAUGGAGAGGAUGAAUAUUACAAAUUGUUGUCAGCUGCAGAUUCAAUCCCUGAGGAGGAUUUCUCCCCCUGCAGCCCUUUGUCCCCACAACAAAUGUUUUUCUCAUAAAGUUGCAUUUUUUGUAUUUUCUGUUCGUUGAUGAGAAAAAUUGCAUCCAGGUUAUCAUGAAGCUCAUUGCAGUCUUCCUGGGUAUUUUGCAAGACUUUUAUUGUCAUUUUUAUUUCAUGUUUCUAUUUAUUGCUUUUGUCAUAACAACGCAAAUAAAAAAUAAACAUUUUCAGUAAAACCCUGUACAAUUUU